CUGGUACAAGAUUUUUGAGGUUAGUUAUUAGAAUUCCAAUUUUCAAGCUUCUUGUUUGUUGUAUCUUGUCUCUUGUUUGGAGUACCUGAAAAUAAAUACUUUGCACCUAAAAUUGAGAAAUAAUAAAGUCAACAAACAACAAUAAUAAGAGUGUGGCCAAUUCGAUCCAUGAUUGGGAUGAAGACCCUCCGUAGCGGCGCCGUUAUCUGAGAGAAAUAUCACAAUCGAAUUAGACAGCAUAUGAGCUCUGCGCAACGCUGUCAUCACUCUUCCAACCGACUCGUCCAGCUUCAUCACCAUUCCUGACAAACAAAAGUGAAUUCAGUAGGAACAAGUGGAGAUAACAAGUGACAAAAGUGAUUUGUAUUUUGUCAAGCGGGACUUGAGACAAACAGGACAAAGUUUUACUGUGUUGUGAAAUGGUUGUUGUAUAGGUUUAGGUGUAGUUUGUGGACUGUGUUAUUAGUUUAUUGCAUUUUAUAUGAAGUUUCCUCGAAGUGAGUUAUGUUUAUUGCAUUUAUUAUCAACUUUCCUCGAAGUGUGAAAGGAAAAUAGAUGUUAGUGAUGGGGAGUAAUUUGUGAGAUCCGCACGAGAAUGCCGUCUGAAGCCGCAAUGACGUUUGCACCGCAUUCUACCGCUCUUCACAGCUGCGGAUCAGCUGUCGCGCCUCAAAGCCCAGCUGCCGCAGCUGAUAACAGCACCUAUCCUCCAGCUGCCGCAUCCCCAGUAUCAGCUGCCGCUCCAGCUGCAUCGCCCAACUUGCCAGGACAACCUAGUCCGAGGUCUAGUCCCCAAACACAAGAUGCUUCUUCACCUUACGGACACCUGGCUGCUCCAGCGAUUCUACGUCCUGUGCAUGUGGGGUCUAGCAACCACAACAGUUCUUGGAUAGGUCCAAGUACUGUCCAAUUGGGUUCUAGGAAUCAGACCAAUUCUUCUAGAGGUCAAAGUAAUCUGACUUCAGUCCAACUGGGUGCUAGGAAUCUGAUACAAGAUAACAAUUCAUGUAGAGUCCUGGAUGCUCAAGCAAACAUCGGCAUGUUGGCCCCACUCAAUAUGCCUCCUACGAAUCUAGUACAACUCAAGAUUCCCAGUUCUCAUAGAGACUCAAUUGUUCAGGAUAAUAUACGAGUAGAUAAUGUCAAACAAAUUCUGGAUCCGCCAAUGAAAAAGAUACGACUUGGCGAGUUGAAAGACUUCCAGCAACCUCUCCGGAUUGACACGAGGGAUCCUGUCCAGUCUAUACCUGUCUCACCACCGAUCCCACUCUGUGAAGCGUUGCAAGGCAAAGCGAGCUCUAGAGAGAGAGGUCCUGUCUAUUCCGUACCUGUCUACGAUCUAACAACUUCACCGAAUCCGAUCUCUGAAACUAUGCAGGACAAAGUGAUCUCCUUCAGAGAGAGGGAUCCUGUCUAUUCCGUACCUGUCUACGAUCCUACGACAUCACCGAAUCCGCUCUCUGAAACUUUGCAAGACAAGGCGAACUCCUUCAAAGAGAGGGAUCCUGUCCAUUCUGUAGCAGUCCACGAUCUACCAACAUUACCGAAUCUACUACCAGAAACGUUGCAAAACAAAGCAAACUAUAAUGAUGUUGACAGUAGCCUUUCUCAAUUGAUCAUUGAGAACGAAAGAGAGAUGAAUAGAGUGAGAUUGCAGUUGCAAGCUUUAAAAACGAGAGAAAGUGUUGUGGGCGAAUGUAGUGGAAACCCAACAACAAAAGUUAAGGAUAUCAUUCAGCCGAAACAUCAAAGUGUAGCUCAGAGAAUAUAUGCCGAAAACAGGAGAAGGGCGCAGGAAACACCUGAAUUAGAAAAGAUGGAGAGCGAAACUCCACCACCUAUAAUUUUCCCGUUUAAAAGUUUGUUGGAUGCGAAAAAUCACAAUGAUUCCCUAAAGAAGUUGCAGGAGCACAUCAGGAGAAAACGAAUUCGUGAAAGAGAGAGUAGAGAUAAUGACGAAACUUACUCUCGUCUCAGGGUCUGGAAGACUCAGAAGUGGAAGGAAAAGGAUGAAUUCAGUAAUGAGUUGCUAGUAACGGGAAAUUUGGAAGAACAUCACAUUGCAAUGAGAAUUUACUCGGAGAACAGGAAGAAGGCACAGGAAUCCCACGUGUUGUUGAUGGAAAUGGGUGCCAGUCCUCUCUCUCGAGCGGAUAGUAGAGUAAACCAAACCACUGACACAGCUUUCAGUGCAAGAUUAGUGGAAAAUUUGUUGGAAAAGCGUCGUAAACGGGAAGCUCAAGAGAGGUGUGACUUAGAAAGGUACAAUUUUCAUAAGAAAAAUUGGGUUAGGCAAGUUAAUAGCAUUGAAAACUCUCACAAAUGGAAAACGAAACAGGCUCAAUAUGACAAAGUGAUUCUGAAAGAGUUUCCAGAACUGCGUAAAGUUCGAGAAGACCAAAAGAGACAGAAUAGGAUAGAGGCUAGGAAGUUAAAUACCAAAGAAAUCACUCAAUCAGAGGCGCAGUCGCGUGUUGCCAUACUGCCGCAGCUGUCUGAAAGGAAAGUAUUGUAUACAGAUAACAACGGAAGGGUUGAAGACUUUCCCAGUGUAUUCGAGGAAACAGACCUAAUAAAUGUGUGGAGCGAGACUGAAAAAGAAAUCUUCAAACAGAAGUACAUCCAAUUCCCAAAAAUGUUUCAUACCAUAUCGUCGUUUUUGCCUAGGAAAAGCGCUCAGGAUUGUGUAGAGUAUUACUAUGCGAGUAAACAUGAGUACGAGUACAAAAGACUGAUUCCAAAGUCGAGGGGACGAACCAAGUUGAGUCGUCGCGCCCUGGCUGAGGCGGCAAAUGAUGACAAGCCCAGGGGCCGUCCGCGUCUCUGCCCCCACUAACUGUAACACUCUGCCCCCAAUAUCACAACCAACACAGUAGAACAAAUGUUGCCGCUGCCACCGCCACUGCUAUCAAUGGAUCAAUGAUGUAACUACAUCUGUAACUACUGCGGAUGAUUCCUAUUUGAGACCAAGACUGGACAGUUCCUAUAUGCUUGAUUGUGGAAGUGAUGAGGCUCUCAAAUGUAGAUAUGCAUCAAAAUACAAGGCUGCAGAAUACUUGAUAAACCCCAGCAAUGUACAAACUAGGGCCAAUUCAUCUUGAACCUAUCCUAUAAGGUUAGUUAUUAAGCUGUCGAAAACAAUGCUAUUCCUAUUCGAAUGUUCUUAAUUUAGUUUUUCAAUAGCUAAGACAUUAACACUAUUUUUAUGAGUUUAUUUUGAAAUCAAUUUAUUCGGAAAUGAUCAUCUCAGUAUUUGGAUGUAAAACUUUAAUGUUUUAAGAAUAAGUGAUACAAUGUAGAAGUUCAUGAAUUAGUUUUUUAUUCAAUGAUAAGUCACUUAUAGUUCUAUAAAUUGUGUCUCAUGAAUUAGUAUGUGAAAUUCGCUUGAAUUUCAAAUUUGAUUGUAUCUAAUCUGAUUUCAAUUAUGAAGAGAGAAGCAAUAACGAUUUUUUAUGCAUUCUUUGUAGUUAAAAAUAUAUUUUCUGCAAAUGAAUCUUUAAUGUCAGAAAAAUGUAUUAAAAUUUUUAAUUUGAUUGUAUCUGCUUCCAGUCAGCUAGAGAAGAUUUGGUGAUCUUUAUUUUGUUCCAAAUGUUGUGUUGUAGUUGACAAUAUUUUGUUUUUGUAAUAAAUUUGAAUAGAAACCUUGACUUUCUGACCUUCCUACGUUGUUGCUGCAUAAUUAUGCAUUGCUUUAUAAUCAAAUACUAUAGAUGACUGUGACAGAUUGUAAAUAUUUGCAUACCAUAAUCUUGGCUAUAAUUAUUGAUCAAUGAUCAAAUUGAGAGAAAAAUCAAGGAAUUUUAAUUGAUUCCUGUUUUUCAUAAAUAAUUCCUGUCGUAUAACUAUAGGAAAAUGCUUUAAAUUAACUUUCUCUUCACAUCUACUAGCCUCCAUGUUAUUAUAUUGUCUUACCAAAUCAAUGUAUUCAUGAUCUAGUUUAAUUAUCUACCUCAUUAAUUAUUGCUAUUGUAUCCUAUUCACGAGUUUAUGUGUUUCCUCAAACCCCCCCCCCCCCCCCCCCAAAAUAUAGAAGGUCUCGAUAAGUGAUUUCGGACAACGCAGAUCUCAAGAGUUGUUUAUUGCAAUGAAAUUAUUUCCUUGAUAAAAUGUGAAGUUUCACCUCUAAAGUGAAUUUAAGUUUUACCUAUUACCAAAAGUUUAGUUACGAUAUUAAUAUUAUUAUCAAGUCUUGAAAUUUGUUUGAGAACAAGGUAAUAACAUAAAUUCCAUGUGGAAUUACAUUUCAUGCCAAUACUUGCUUAGUUAUCGUAUAACUUUCCAACCUGAUAAUUAAAUUUUCUAAACUAUUUUAAACUAAAUUGAUAAAAAUAAACUAAAGUAAGCAAUAAAACAUUCAUUCCACUUGGUAUUGAUCAAUAUUCAUAUUAUGAUGAGUGUAUCUGAUAGCUGUUGUGUUAACUGUUGCAAUUCCAUGUUAGUUCAAAUGUACGUAUGUUUAGAAUUGACGUAAUAACUCAUUUUAAAAUGUUCUCAUUUAAAAAUAUCUAGCCGUGGGCCUUUCAACGUGUAAAGGAAUUUAAAAUGUCAACUCUUCUAUAAUGAGAUUCACUUUAAACUUUUGUUUUUCAUUCAAUCAAUGCUGACAGAUUGCAAUGAGUCUCACUAUAGGAAGAACCCAACAAGAACCAAGGUACAGUCAUUCAAAAUCUCAUUGUUCUAAAUACUCUGAGAUUCGUAUCAGGA